AUGGGCGCCUCAUCCUCCAAGCCCGCGAGAUCCGCCGCCCAGGCUGUCUCGCGGCGCCAAUACCCCAAACAACCCGUUUCUCCUCCGACCUCCUCCCCAGCACAACCACCACCAGCAUCUAAACCCACGAGACAGCAACAACAAUCACCACAGCCACAACCACCGCGACAACCGUCGCGAGCACCCCCCACAGGACCAACCUACCACUCAAAAGAACCUCCCUCCCUCGAGCGCUCAUCAGCAAUCGACCUCGACGGCCGCGACCCAGAUUUCGCCGCACAACUUCGCACCAUCGGCCCCGUGACUCCUAACCCGACCUUCUCCCACACUAGCACCUUUGCGCGCCAACAACCCGCACCUACCGUCUUCCCGCCCGCAUCUAAUCCAGCGCUACUGGUUUUCUCGGCGCGGCAGCGCCUCACCAAGGCCGCGGAGCAGGAGUUCGAGGCGAUGGGGAAAUCGGGAUUCCAGGGCAGGGAGUUUGUUGAUGCGUUUACCAUUCGGCAGGUCCUGUCGAUGAGGGAUAGGCAGGGGUUGUCGGCGGAGGAGAUUGAGAGGCUAUUGAGGUUGAAGAGUGGUGUUGUGGGGAGGUUGGGGGAGAGGGGGGUGGUUGGGGAUAUUGGUUGA